AUGACCACCAAUAAUAUAGGAGUAGGCAGUGAUGAGCUAGGUCAGUAUCCCACCAACGGUACUGGAGUAGGCAGUGAUGAGCUCGGUCAGUAUCCCACCAAGGGUACUGGAGUAGGCAGUGAUGAGCUAGGUCAGUAUCCCACCAACGGUACUGGAGUAGGCAGUGAUGAGCUAAGUCAGUAUCCCACCAACGGUACUGGAGUAGGCAGUGAUGAGCUCGGUCAGUAUCCCACCAACGGUACUGGAGUAGGCAGUGAUGAGCUAGGUCAGUAUCCCACCAACGGUACUGGAGUAGGCAGUGAUGAGCUAGGUCAGUAUCCCACCAACGGUACUGGAGUAGGCAGUGAUGAGCUAGGUCAGUAUCCCACCAACGGUACUGGAGUAGGCAGUGAUGAGCUAGGUCAGUAUCCCACCAACGGUACUGGAGUAGGCAGUGAUGAGCUAGGUCAGUAUCCCACCAACGGUACUGGAGUAGGCAGUGAUGAGCUAGGUCAGUAUCCCACCAACGGUACUGGAGUAGGCAGUGAUGAGCUAGGUCAGUAUCCCACCGACGGUACUGGAGUAGGCAGUGAUGAGCUAGGUCAGUAUCCCACCAACGGUACUGGAGUAGGCAGUGAUGAGCUAGGUCAGUAUCCCACCAACGGUACUGGAGUAGGCAGUGAUGAGCUAGGUCAGUAUCCCACCAACGGUACUGGAGUAGGCAGUGAUGAGCUAGGUCAGUAUCCCACCAACGGUACUGGAGUAGGCAGUGAUGAGCUAGGUCAGUAUCCCACCAACGGUACUGGAGUAGGCAGUGAUGAGCUAGGUCAGUAUCCCACCAACGGUACUGGAGUAGGCAGUGAUGCGCUCGGGAUAAUCGUUCCCGAUGCAGUGCUGGCUGCCCCAGCAUCAACAUCAACACCUGCACCACUCACCGUUCAGGUGGAACUCUCGGAGGUGCCUUCUGCACCAUCUAUGACGCUGACCAUCCACGGGGUUAGCGGAAGCCAACGUACGAUCAGCCUCUGCCAGCGAAACCAUCUGCGCUCCAGCUGCAACGACAACCUCGGCCCCUGGGUCUCAAACCUGCACCAUCAACGAACGCUGUACCGUACGCAGACGACGCCGUCUCACUCAUCGGACGAAGACGUCUCUGUGGGAGCGCCAUCUCCUUCCCAACAUCUUUACCCCUACAGCUCGGAUGACUUCUUACUCCAGGCCUUUCCUGCAAGCUCGACCAACAGCGCCGCCGUGUUCACACGCAGCAAGACGACGUCUUAUGAAGGAUGA